GACGAACCAGAGUCGAUCCCGCCUAGAGAUUUGGUACAUCGCCUUCUCUCCCUUCCAACGGAAGCCCCGAAUAUUUUAAGUCGCUCUCCCUCGCUCGCAAAAUGGCGUCAAAAACUCCAACUCUAUCCAAGACCUUCUGGUCAUCUCCGACACACGGAACUCGAAUUUCAGAGAUUUUGUAAAGAGCUUGACUUCUCUAGAUUCUAGGGUUAGGGUUUUAUUUCCCGAGAGGACGAGGAGAAGAGGAACGACUUCAAUGGGUUCGGAAGGUGUCGUCCGAGAUCUGCCAAAGAUCCCCGAUGCUGAUCUUGAUCAGGCUCCUGGGAGGCGCCGCGUCCGAGAUUCCUACAAGGAAAUGCAGUUCAGCAUCGAUCAUUGCUUACUGAAGGCAUCAUAUACUGGGGUGAAAAUGAAGGAGAUGUAUGAAGUUAAUUCUAGAGGAUUAGAGAUUUUCACUAAAAGUUGGCUUCCAGAGACAUCUCCAGUAAAAGCAACAGUUUGCUUUUGUCAUGGUUAUGGGGACACUUGCACAUUUUUCUUCGAAGGAAUAGCCAGGAAGUUAGCAUCAUCUGGUUAUGGAGUUUUUGCAAUGGACUACCCUGGAUUUGGUCUUUCCGAUGGCCUUCAUGGAUAUAUUCCCAACUUUGAUAGCCUUGUUGAUGAUGUCAUUGAGCAUUUCUCCAAAGUAAAAGAGAAUCCAGAAUACAGAAGCCUCCCAAGCUUCCUGUUUGGAGAGUCUAUGGGUGGAGCAGUUGCUUUGAAGGUGCAUCUAAGACAAACUCAUGCAUGGGAUGGUGCAAUUCUUGUUGCGCCUAUGUGCAAAAUUGCAGAGGAUAUGGUUCCACCUUGGGCGUUGAAGCAGUUUCUCAUUUGUAUAGCUAAAGUUCUUCCCAAAGGGAAGUUAGUUCCACAAAAGGAUUUGGCAGAGAUGGCAUUCAAAGACCCAAAAAAGCGAAAGCUGACACCAUAUAAUGUUAUCGCUUACAAGGGCAAACCGCGUCUGCGGACUGCUGUAGAGUUACUCAGAACCACUGAAGAGAUAGAAAGCCGUUUGGAAGAAAUUUCUCUGCCACUACUGAUCCUACAUGGAGAGGCAGAUACUGUAACCGACCCGUCUGUGAGUAAGGCUUUGUAUGAGAAAGCCAGCAGUUCCGACAAGAAGUUCCUUCUUUAUAAAGACUCAUACCAUGCUCUUCUAGAAGGCGAAUCUGAUGAGAUGAUAUUUAAAGUUCUCAAUGAUAUCAUCUCUUGGCUGGACGAGCAUAGCACCAGAAAUGCUCCUUGAUUAGCUGAUCUUUGCCUCUGUAUUUAUUAUUAUUUUUUUUUUUGUGAAUUUCAUAUGUUACUUUUCUUUUUUCUUCAUCAGAUCUUGUCAUUUAUUUUCAGACAAUUUGGAUAUUUUAUCAACUUUAAUUAUUGUUUCAAAUAAACAAAUUAUGUAAUUUAUGUUGUAAUUAAUAUUUUUCGGGAUUAGUUUUCA